AUGCUUCUUUCUUCAUCGUUACUAGCAUUCGUUGUCGCUGUAAAUGGAGUUACUCUACCACGCAGUAACUUGGGAUACAGAAACGCGGAUGAUAGUACCUUAUAUUCAAACGCCAACACGGUUGAUAAGGCAUUCUUUAUUGAACUGGAAAAGGGAGUUAACACCUCUGUAUCCAAACGACAUCUCCACAAUGCCUUCCACAAACGUGCGGCCUCAAUCAGCUACGAUGUCCGUCACGAAUUCGAUUCUAUAGCAUUUGUAGGCCUUUCUAUCUCUGUCACCCAAAGUGGUACCAAUGUGGACUUGCAACGACAGCUUUCAGAAAUCUCUGGAGUAGGAGGUGUCUGGCCAGUCUACGAAGUUCCUCAUCCUGGUGUACUUUCAAAUUACACAAACGAUAGUUCCAAUGCAGAUUUUCCGUCGGUACGAAAAAGACAAUCAACAGUGACUGGAACAGGAGAUUUGGCCUCAGCUCUCGAGAUGGGUGGCAUUGAUAAGUUACAUGCAAAUGGCAUUAAAGGCAAAGGAAUCAAAAUUGGGAUUGUAGAUACCGGGGUUGAUUAUCGCCAUCCUGCACUAGGUGGAGGAUUUGGAACUGGUUUCAAAAUCACUGGUGGAUACUCUUUCGUAUACGAUAACGGAACCUUGGGGGAAAGUUCAGACCCAUUAUCUACGUGUCUCACUGGAGGACAUGGAACCCACGUGUCAGGUAUUCUUGGAAUGGAUCCCAUAUCUGAAGAUGGAUACUUUCCAAUCAGCGGCGUCGCUCCUGAGGCUAAUCUCUACAUGUACCGUACUUUUGAUUGCGCAGAUGCAGGUGGUAGUGACACUAUUAUGGCCGGCAUGUUGAAAGCACAAGAAGAUGGUGUUGAUAUUAUCAGCAUGUCCCUUGCGGUUGGAACUGAAUUCCCUUCAAACAAAGAUCCAUUGGCUUCUGUCGUACAGAGCAUUACCCAAGCCGGAAUUGCUGUGAUUGUCGCAGUCGGGAAUGAAGGCUCUCUGGGUCAAUAUGCUACUGAGUUGUUCACUGCAGAUUAUCCUUCCACGGAGCCCGGUGCCAUCGCUGUUGGAGCCAUUGCAAACAUCGACUUUCCGCUUGUCUAUCCGGCCGUGGAUUCUGCCAAUUCUACUCUCGGCUAUGCAUCUGUUUGGCCAGUCAACCUCACUGUUCCUGUAUAUGUAUAUCUUGUGUCCGAUGGGUGUGAUAGCUCAGCAUGGACUAAUGCUCUCAAUACCGUCAGUCAAAGUGGUCUUUUAAAUGCCACAAUCUUUGCUUUCGAGGCAUUUAAAACGACUACUUACUGCAAUCCGAAUUCGAUUGCUUCGAAUUGGGGUUCAAGUAAGGAAAAACCUGUCUAUAUCAUCGGCUACAAUUCAGACAUUGCAAAUUCUUACUUACUCGAGUAUAAUGUCUUCAGUCCUUCGUACUUCGGCGCAGUACAAUAUGUCAAUCUUAACACCGAUGAUGGAAUCACUCUUGUCAACAAUUAUGGUUCAGUUGGAGGUUUUCCCAAAUACACUUUAACAUUCACGGGAAACAAAUUCAAGAGUCCUCCGCAACACUCAGGAGGCUUGGUUGAUUAUUACUCGAAUUUCGGUCCAACCUAUUUCACUUAUGAUUUAAAACCACAAAUCUCUGCACCUGGCGGACAUAUCCUCUCGAGCUAUCCUCUAGGCGUAAAUUCCAAUUACGCGAUUUUAUCUGGGACUUCAAUGGCCACUCCCUAUGUCGCAGGAUGUUUUGCGCUCGUUAAAUCCCAAUUUCCCACCGCCAGCAUAUCUCAAAUAUUGAAUCUGCUACAAACUACAGCUAAGCCAGUCAAUUGGGUCUGGAAUAGCACGAUCCUUUCCGCGACUGCACAACAGGGUGCGGGUCUCAUCAAUGCAUAUAAUGCCAUCUACGCGCAAACCGCAAUUUCUCCCGGGCAGAUCGUUCUUGAGGAUGAUAGUACGCACACUAUUUUUGGUGCUGCAAAUAUCACCAUUGAUAAUACGUCAGGAUCUAGCAAGACCUACACUCUAUCUCAUAUCGGUGCUGGCUACACGGAUGGCCAAUUGUCCGGACGAAACUACAACCAGAUUGCGCUUUACGGAACUGGUGUUUUCCCCACCCCUACUGUCACUCUCGCAGGUGGUGAGUCUAAAACCAUCGACUUUUCUAUCAGUCCCCCCAUAGGCAUCGUUGCUUCAAAUCGUCCCGUCUUCGGUGGUUUCAUCCAAGUCAGCUCUUCUGCCGGUGAAACAUACACAGUUCCCUACAUCGGACCACCCUAUUCAGUAUUCAAUGCAUCAUACAUCUCCGUUAUCCAGGUUGCUGGUUUCAACUCGGCUGGAACACCGGAAAAGGACACUGGGUUCCUCGAGAUCAAUCCGACCAGGCAAUAUGGAAUAGCUGCUGAUAUUCCACAACAGUAUACACUUGCAUUCAGAUUCGAUCUCUUACCCGCCAAUACAAAUAUUACAGCUAAUACACACGCAUUUAACACAUCUCAAACCUUCCCCUACAUUUCUUCUCAAUCCACUCCCAAAUCGUCGAUCUUUGGAUAUCCAUCCUUUGGAACUUACACGAACCGUACGGCGACGGUAGCAAGUGGCCCAAUACAGCCAGGUAACUAUAUUCAAUAUUGGACGAGUGCACAAGUUACUGGCGAUGAUGGAGUGAGCUAUAAUGUAGGAGAUGGUGAUUAUCGAUUUUUCGCAAGCGUGCUGAGAUGGGGUGGAAAGGUGGGGAAGAUUGAAGAUUAUGAUACGUGGCUAGGACCAAUUUUGAGAUUUAAUGCGAGCUAUAUAGAUUAG